AUGGAGUCCUAUUCCUUCCAAACCUGUUCCGAAUCAGUGAUACAUUCCCAUAUCACUCGUCCAAUCCAGACAAAUUCUAAGCCUCUUCUGGUUUUUCUACAUUACUGGGGUGGCAGUUCACGGACAUGGUACAAACUCACAGAAUUUGACUCGUCGACUUCAUUGAGUGCGCUCUACCCAACAGUCGCGAUUGAUCUGCGAGGCUGGGGCCAAUCCACCGGACCAGCAAAUGACAUUGACAACGCCUAUUCCAUAUCUACCAUGGCUACCGAUGUCGCGACUCUUCUGAUGUCUCUCAGAGAAGAUAGCGAUAAAAGUGACCUCCUUGACUAUGGUUUUAUUCUCGUGGGCCAUUCGAUGGGCGCAAAGGUUGCCCUCGCAGCGCUGGGCGUCCUAGCGAAUGAUCUACAGCAGUUACUCAAGGGAUUGGUUCUCGUGGGACCUGCCCCCCCGUCUUCGCUGCAUCUCCCUCCUGAGAUAGAAGCGCAGGGCGCGUAUGAGUCGGAGGCAAGCAUCCGCUGGACGGUCGAUAACGUGCUUGCGAACCCUGAGAAGCUCUCUGAAUUCGAUGUCAACUUGGUGGUCCGCCACAGUCUUGCGGGUAAUCAGUUUGCGAAGAAGGCGUGGCCUUCAUACGGCAUGCAGGAGGACAUUUCGCAGGUUUCGAGGAAAGCACUGGCUUCUCAGAAUAGUCUACGAGCAAGCAUCCUCGUGGGGGAGAUUGAUGUUGUCGAACCCAAAGAGAGGGUCGAGGCAGAGGUUGUCAACUUCCUCCGUCAAAAUGGAGUGGAGGCUUCCUUGACCAUUGUGCAGGGUGUCAAGCACCUGAUACCUCUUGAAGACCCUCAGUCGAUCUACAAGGAGGUCUGUCGCUUCUGA